UUUAUACAGAGGAAUGCAGUAUGUGGCAGGCUGUGGCUCUUUGGCUGUUGAUACUUGCGACUCUGCUCCGGGUAUCAGUGCAGGGUCCUCACCAGCGCUUUCUGCUCAGGGAGCUGCUGCGGGACUACAACCCCAUGGAGAGACCGGUCGCCAAUGACUCUCAGACUCUCACUGUCCAGUUCUCCUUUACUCUAAUACAGGUCAUGGAUGUGGAUGAAAAGAAUCAGAUCCUCACCACGAACGCCUGGCUGCAGAUGCAGUGGUAUGACCACUACCUGCAGUGGAACCAGUCAGAGUAUCCUGGAGUUAAAAACCUCCGUUUCACCCCCGAUCAGGUCUGGACACCUGACAUAUUGCUUUAUAACAGUGCUCACGAUAAGUUUGACGCCACCUUUAAGACCAAUGUGCUGGUUAACUCCAGUGGCUUCUGUGAGUAUCUACCUCCAGGAAUAUUUGUCAGCACCUGUAACGUGGAUGUGCGAUGGUUUCCAUUUGACAUCCAGCGCUGUGAACUCAAGUUUGGCUCCUGGACAUUUGAUGGCUGGCUGCUGGACAUCCAGAUGAAGGAUGCAGACGUGUCAGGAUACAUGCCCAACGGAGAGUGGGAUCUACUGGAGGUCCCCGGAGGUCGUCACGAAGUUUUCUACGACUGCUGUGCUGAGCCCUACCCCGAUGUUACCUUUGUAGUGACCUUACGAAGGAGGACCUUGUUUUACGCUCUCAACCUCCUCAUCCCCUGUGUGCUCCUCUCCUCCAUGACCCUGGUGGUGUUCCUGCUCCCUGCCAACUCGGGGGAGAAAAUCAGCCUGGGCAUCACGGUUCUGCUUUCUCUGACAGUCUUCAUGCUGAUGGUUGCAGAGAUUAUGCCCGCCACUUCAGAUUCAGUACCUCUGAUAGGUCAGUACUUUGCCAGCACCAUGGUGAUUGUCGGGAUGUCUGUAGUGGCCACGGUCAUUGUCCUCCAGUUCCAUCACCACAAUCCAAACAGUGGGCAUAUGCCACGCUGGGUGCACUUGGUUCUGCUGCAGUGGGUUCCUUGGUUCUUGCGGAUGAAGCGUCCAGGAGAGGGAGCAGAACCGCCUCUUUCCAACUCCCAGACAGACUCUCAGAGCAAGACCCUGUCCUCUCCUACCACUACAGCUACCACCACCACCAUCCCAACACCAGUGCCCCCCAUCCUCCCCCACAGCCUCAACUCCCUGCAGGCCAGCCUGGCUCAGUUAAACCACCCUCUGUCGCACCCAACGCCCCACCGGCCCAACUCUCAGGUCGUUAUCCUCCCUAAUCCAGUCCACAGAGAACCCAGCUUCAACCCACAUCCACAACCCAACGGCCACCUGGUUUACAUGGGCUUCCAGACAACCACAGAGCUGGAGCCAGUUCAAAGAAGCAGAGCCACAAGUCAUGGCAGGGUUAACAGUGGACCCGUUGGAGGGGAAGCUGAGGGAGCAGCAGCAGCAGGAGGAACAGCUGUAGACACACCUAUCCAUCACCACCUCCCAUCUUCUAAGUUUGGGAGCCCACCACAGGAAAACCAACUGUCCCCGGAUCCUGACCCUUCAAUCACAUCCUCUGGACCCUGCGGCAUAGAGGCCGGGACCGGAGCGGGGAGACUGUCCGCUAUACACACCCACAGCGGUGUGAUCCGAUCUGUGGCCGUGGACAACCAGCUGCAGGCUCUCCUGGUGGAGGUGCAGUUUUUAGUGGAACGUGUUAAGGAGCAGGACCGGCAGCUCAGUUUGGCGGAGCAGUGGCAGUUUGCUGCAGCUGUCAUCGACCGCCUGUGCCUGGUGGGAUUCAGUGUUUUCAACAUCAUCUGUACCAUCGCUAUUCUCAUGGCUGCACCCAACUUUGGAGAAGCGCUGUCAAAAGACUUCCUCUGACAGACCAAAGAGAGAGAGGGAUUUAAGAGAGAUGAUAAGGGAAGAUACAGAUCAGGAUUUGUCGGAAGCACAAUUGCUGUUAAUGAAACUGGGACAUGGAA